AUGGGCCGGGGGUGGAUGUCUCUGGACCGAGCAGAGCGUCAACACGAGAAUGGACACAGCUACAUAGCAAAGUCUAUGCUGGUGGAGAAACGUGCCCUGAUCAUCGACGAAAGAACUCUUAAGCAUUGCAAGGAAGUCGAACUAACGACGGGGAAAUCACAACUCGACUUCUUCAAGACAAUUCCGUCAAGCUCGCCCAACAUGAUGGUUGCCAACGACCCCUAUCAGCAAUUCAGCUUUGCGAUGUUCGGAGGGCUACAUUUGUGUUUGCAAGAAUUGGUUGCCAGCGUCCCCUCGAUGGGGGCAUCUGCAAUGAAACGCUUCCUCACGAGUGACAUCGAUGUCACCCCGUUUGAGUUCCAGGCAUCGUUGGACUUGUUGUCCGAAGCCGGCUUUCGUCUUCAGGGUCUUACGAACUUUAUCUGCUCACGACACACGGGCACAUUCAAUGGCAAUGGUGUGAAUAAUUUGAGGGUCACAUAUCGCGACUAUGCGUUACAAUUGUUCGAUGACGAUAGCUUGAUGAUAAUCAUGAGUCUUCUGAAGCACGAAAACGACCCGGAAGCAACCAUUCGCUCGCUAGUUGAUCAUACUGGUCGACCCUUUCUCAUAUGCAACCCUAUUCUUAUGCGGUGGCGUCUUCGGAAUGGCAUGGACUCUUCCUAUGCUGACCAAUAUGGCAAGACUUGGGUUGACUAUGCAGUUUUGACUUUACUUGAAAUCGGCCGCUUCAGCGCUCUUUUGUCGCCGUUAGUGGAAUCAACCAUAUUGGUCCUCGAAAGCGGAGGCUCAAUUGGAAUCUCCACAGUCCAAACGGUCGAUUUGGCCCGUCGAAGACUGAGAGAGCUGAAACUCACAUCGAACAGUGAACAACUCUUCCGAUUGCUAGGCAGUGGAAAGGCUACUACACCGGAAAUGAAGCAACAAGGCGAAAUACCUCGGGCUAUGGUUCAAAGCGAACGUAUAUCCUCGAGCUCCUCUCGGUCCAGCCUCGUGAAGAGGAUGAAGAACUUGCUCAAAUCUUCUCCCAAAGGGUAA